UUCCUUGGAGUGAUUCUAUCAAAAUUUGAGAGUGAUUCUCACCAUUGUUCUUGUUUUUUUAUUUCAUUCACAAAGAGUCAAUUCUGCUGGGAUUUCCGUGUUGAUUCACAUCACCUUUUCACUGCUAUGAGGAGCGUAUGCUUGCAGAGCACUGUUUAUAACAAAGAUAAGCAGUUAUUGGCUGGAAUUGACUGCUGUCUUGAUGAACUAAAGCUACUUCUUGCUGCAUAUUUAAGUGAGAUGGAAAUUGGGGACAACAUUUCGGCGAUUAGGGAAACCUACAAAAGGUUGCUGUCUAUGAAGCAAAAGGUUGAGCCAUUUCUGAAGCUGCAAUGGGCACUGAAUUGUGACGAGAAAGGUAACAUCAAAGCUGAGGUACCUAGCAAUUCUGAUGAUAGUAUAAUUAAGGCUUUGGAGUCUGGUGACACUAGAAACCCGGGUGAUAGUCUAUGGCAGCAAGAUGGAAAAACAUUUGAUGGGGCUUUGGAAACCCAUGAUGCUUCUGAUGGCCAGGGUGACGAGGAAGGUAACAGCAAGGCUGAAGAACCUAGCGUUUCUGGAAAGAGUACAGGGACUACUCAAGAGGCUGUUGUGGAUGAGAAUGAAAACCCAGGUGAUAAGCAGAAAACCGAUAAGAAGGCGGCGAACAAAAAGAAAAAGAAUAAGGGGAAAUGAGGCAGGAAAAACAAGUAGCUCACAAUCCUAAGAAAAUGGACUCGUACAUAAUACAUAUUAUCCUAGUUGCCUCUCUCCUCUUUGUAUCGGUCAUGGAUCAGUACAAACCUCGAGGUUCUAAAAGUAUAUCAUGUUGUGUAGAUUGUUGUAAUGCAUCAUACAGGUGAACAGAUGUCAAGAAAAUUGUCUGCUGUGAGUUGCAAUAUAUAUUUUGUGAUCAAACGAGAUGCUCCCGGUAUCAGGAUUCUUACAUACGACUGGUUUUGAAUAUUUUGAGGUAUAUAGGCCUAAUAUGAUCUUUGCCAUGAAUGAUACUUGUC